GUACCUCAAUCGCCUUAAAAGAAUGGUGAAAAAUAAGGCUCGCGUAGAAGGUUCCAUAGCCAAUGUGUAUUUAGUCCGAGAGGCGUCGUACUUCUGUUCUCAUUACUUUGAAGAACACGUUUACACGCGAGCAAGAAAUGUGCCUCGUAAUGACCCCGAAUCACGAGAAGGUGUUGAUGUUACAAAUCAAGAUAUUUUUGACAUAUUUCAAACUCCAGGACGUGUACAAGGGAAAAUGCGUAAGAGGCAACUAACUGCAGAGGAGCUAAAAGCCGCACACCAUUACGUACUCUUCAAUUGUCCAGAGAUUGAUCCUUAUAUUACGUUGUGCGCAAAUGAAAUUAAAGAGUCUACACCACAGAUUAGUGAAGAAUCCCUGUUGAAACGUGUGGAAGAGACGUUCGCAAGUUGGUUCGAAAAACAU